ACUGCCAGGCAAGAGGACACAGAGGAAAGUAGAAUUGAGAGACAAACCCUGAUUACAUUAUUUGAACACUUGGACAGCUGUUUCUGUAGUUUAUUCCACUUUGGACUUCCAGUUAUGAGAGCAAUAAAUCCUUCUUCUGUUGUUUUUGUUUUGUUUUGGCUUAAGCUAGGUCGAGUUGGACUUCUGUUACUUGUAAAUGAAAGAAUUCCUGUCUGGUAUAUCAUUUUAAUUUCAUGACUUGGACUAGGCUGGUAGCAGAUAGGAAAGAAGUGAAAUUCAUAUAACAUACAAUUAGCCAUUUUAAAGUGUACAAUUCAGUGAUAUUUAAUGUAUUCACAAUGCUGUUCCUUUAGUUACUUAUGUGCAACAUCAGAAAUGCUUUAACUUGAGGAAAAAUAUUUUUCUUUCCUCAAUGGAAAAAUGUUUUUCUAGAAAUGAAAAUCUCAUUGUAGUACUAUCUAAAAAUUAAAGCAUAUAUUACACUUGGGACAUAAAGAGUGAAAAGAGAAGGAACUUGCUGCUAUACAAAGUAUUUUUCUUUCCUCUGAUUUUUUCUACUCCUUUGACAUGUGCCCCAUCAAGUAGCCUUUCUCUCUCUAGUGGGGUCACUCUGGACCCUCUAAAAAGCCCCUUCAGCUCCUCCUUUGCUAGGUAGUUCUCUCCCUCCCUUCUCAGCCAAGCUCUGGGAAAGUGGUAUCUACCGUCCCUAACCACACUUCCUACCUCCCAUCACCACUCACCCAGAAUUACAGCAUUGUCACAUCCUUGGCUGCCACACCCACUGGUUUCUCCCUGCUAUUUCCAUGUGACUGCUCUGUGACAUUUCACAAUAUCCCCUGCAGCCUUCUGAUGAAAGCCCCUCCCGUGGCCUCUCCCCACUGCAUCUGGCUCUCUGUCCCUCCAUGGCCCCUUCUCCACCUCCUCUGAAGGCUCCUCUGCCUUUCUCUCUGAAUGGUGGGAUCCUUCAGGCUCCCAGUCUACUUCAUGUUCCUUACUCUAUCCUCUGCACCCUGCCAUGCUUGAAUUCCUUUCUCAUUCAUCCCCAGGCCUUCAGCUACCAUCUUAUUCCAUCUAGGAUCUUCCCUGAGCUCCCAACAGUCUAGAUUUUUCCAAUGAGUUCUCUAACCUUCCUGAAGCCCAGUGGGAAAUGGGCUCCUUAUCACCCCACUGGGUCUUAGGGGCCCUUACUGCCAGGGAAAUGGGUGGGGGCUAGGGAAGGUAUAGCUGCAGCAUAGCCAAGAGGACAUCUGUUUCCUGAAAAACAUGAAAACUUUACCUCUGAAUAAAUAAGAGAGUGAUAACAUGACAACCGUGUGAGUGACCAAGGAUGUGGUUUUGAAUUCCUUGAUGUAGUAUCACAGGGGAGUUAGAGCAGUGAAUUACGACUGACUUGCUCAUUGGUGAAUCCAGUUUAUUAGUGCCUUCAAGGUGCUCCCCAAUUCUAACACUGAAAAGAGUGCUCCCAAAAUCUAACACUGAAAAGAGUGCACAUCUCGGCCUGAAGCGAAACCCUUAAUGAAACCUGUAAUGAAGCAAGAGUGCAGGGAAAGAGGACAACAAAGUAACAAAUUGGGAAACAGUUACCAAUGGAAACAAAGGUAUGAGGAAGGAUGAGAAACCUGAGGGGCCUUCCACGGAUUCCAUCGUUUUGUGUGGGAAUGUGGGACACCUAGGGAGCAGCCCCAAGCAUGCUCAGUUCUAUCCACUCAGCUUCCUGUACACAUAACCCCUACCCCAUGCACCACCCUCAACUGGAUUCCAGGGCUUAGCCCCCUUAUCGUUUUGGGACCACUGAGACUCUCAUAUCCUGUGCUGUGAUCAUCCAUGUCCACAGUUUUCCAUCUCUUGCUUCAGACUGGAAUGGAGCAUUGGCCCCAUGGGGUUCAGUGAGCAUGAGGAAUGGGGGGGCGGGGAGUACAGAGGAGAGAUGAAGGGUGAUGAAGGACGUUGGGAAGGGCGUAAGCGCCAUAACCCAGAUUCCCUAGUUUCUCCAGGAAAAGCCACUCUGUCCUCCAUCAAACACUUCUCCCAGGAGAUUCCAUUUCUUUCAUUCCAAAUGAAAGAGGUGGGAUGUGAGCUGGUUCCUGAAAGACAGGCGGGGUAGUCACUGCCUGAUAUCUCUGAAUGAACAGAAGGCUCAGCUGUGGCUGGCAGCAGCCAGUAAAGCAAACAGGUGCGCACAUCCCUUUUAGGAAGAGCUCCCAGGUGGCAAUGAGGAGAUAUUGGGGACAGACUUGGGAAGAUACCUGGUCAAAUGAGAGGGUUAGGGCUUGCACUGGGGCAGAGACGAUGUAAGGGUCCUGAAUAAGCCACGUUCCUCGGGACGACGGGGCAAAACGUGCUAAGUCAAUGAAGAUUUCCAGCUCAGGUCUCAAACUCCACUUUCUACAAUUAACCAUCUAUGCAAACAGGGGCUGGCCCGGAACAAGGGGUCUCCUCAACUGAAGCGCGGGCAGGACGCAGGGCGUCCCUGACCUAUCUGUGGGUGUCCAGUUGCGCCGCGCCCUCCGCAAGACCCCGCACCCAGAGGAGCGGCCGGUACAACAGACCUUCACUGACAACCCACUGCACGCCGUAGCUUCCGAUAGCAGGGACCUCUGACGCGGAAUCCACAGCGAUGCCGAGGCCCAGACCCAGAAAAGACCGAGCCCACGCAAGCCGUUUCGGAAUACAGAAGCCCCAACCCCCGGCCCAGAGACGCGCUCCUCCGAGACCCCCGACCUCGGCUUGGAAGGCGGGGCAGUCCCGCGGUUUCCACCAAUCAACGGCUGGUGUUCGAAUUCGCGUCCUGGCGCGGCCAAUAGCGGGCGCCCGGAGCGGGUGGUUUGGACGGGGCCGGAGGCGGGGCCUGGUGUAUCCGCAGCGCGCUCCCCCCCCGACCGGCCAAUGGGAGCUCUGGGCACGUUUGAAAACUAGAGCGGGCGGUGGGGCGGAUCUGCGCGUGCGUGGAGCGGCGCGCUCAGGGCCCGCGGGCGCCUCAAGCAACUUAGACUGCGGCGACUGCGGCUGAGGUGGCUGUGCGUGCAGCGAUGGGGAGCGGCGGCGUGAUCCACUGUAGGUGUGCCAAGUGUUUCUGUUAUCCUACAAAGCGAAGAAUAAGGAGGAGACCCCGAAACCUAACCAUCUUGAAUCUCCCAGAAGAUGUGCUCUUUCAUAUUCUGAAAUGGCUUUCUGUUGGGGACAUUCUUGCUGUUCGAGCUGUGCACUCCCACCUGAAGUACCUGGUGGACAACCAUGCCAGUGUGUGGGCAUGUGCCAGCUUCCAGGAGUUGUGGCCUUCUCCGAGGAACCUGAAGUUCUUUGAAAGGGCUGCUGAAAAGGGAAAUUUUGAAGCUGCUGUGAAGCUGGGCAUCGCCUAUCUCUAUAAUGAAGGCUUGUCUGUGUCUGAUGAGGCCCGUGCGGAAGUGAACGGCCUAAAGGCCUCUCGCUUCUUCAGUCUCGCUGAGCGACUGAAUGUCAGUGCUGCGCCUUUUAUCUGGCUCUUCAUCCGCCCGCCGUGGUCAGUGUCUGGAAGCUGCUGCAAGGCCGUGGUUCACGAGAGCCUCAGGGCAGAGUGUCAGCUGCAAAGAACUCACAGAGCAUCCAUACUGCACUGCUUAGGGAGAGUGCUGAGUCUCUUUGAGGAUGAAGAGAAGAAACAGCAGGCCCGUGACCUGUUUGAAGAGUCUGCUAAUCAGGGAUGUUUGACCAGCUCGUACCUCCUCUGGGAAAGUGACAGAAGGACGGAUAUGUCUGAUCCCGGACGAUGCCUCUACAACUUCCGGAAACUCAGGGACUAUGCUGCCAAAGGCUGCUGGGAAGCACAGCUGUCUUUAGCGAAAGCCUGUGCAAAUGGAAACCAACUUGGACUAGAAGCAAAAGCUUCCAACGAGAUAGUCUGCCAGCUGUUUCAGGCCUCCCACGCUGCCAAUAAGCACGAGGUCUUUUCCCUGCAGAAGGGACUCAAUGACACAAUGAGGUACAUUCUAAUCGACUGGCUGGUAGAAGUCGCCACCAUGAAGGACUUCACAAGCCUGUGCCUUCACCUGACCGUGGAAUGUGUGGACCGGUACCUACGGAGGAGGCUGGUGCCCCGGUACAGGCUCCAGCUGCUUGGCAUCGCCUGCAUGGUCAUCUGUACCCGGUUCAUUAGUAAAGAGAUCCUGACGAUCCGGGAGGCUGUCUGGCUCACAGACAACACGUACAAAUACGAGGACCUGGUGAGGAUGAUGGGAGAGAUCAUCUCCGCCCUGGAAGGGAAGAUUCGUGUCCCCACUGUGGUUGAUUACAAAGACAUCCUGCUGACGCUGGUCCCUGUGACGCCAAGAACCCAGCACCUGUGCAGCUUCCUCUGCGAGCUCUCCCUGCUGCACACCAGCCUGGCCGCCUACUCCCCGGCUCACCUGGCUGCAGCCUCCCUGCUCCUGGCGAGGCUGACACAUGGACAGACACAGCCCUGGACCACUCGGCUGUGGGACCUCACUGGGUUCUCCUGUGAAGACCUCAUACCCUGUGUCUUGAGCCUUCAUCAAAGGUGCUUCCAUGAUGAUGUCCCCAAGGACUACAGGCAAGUCUCUCUGACAGCUGUGAAACAGCGAUUUGAGGACAAGCGCUAUGAAGAGAUCAGCCGGGAAGAGGUGCUGAGCUAUGGACAAGUGUGUGCAGCUCUAGGAGUGAAACAAGAGAGCCCAGAACCUGCGUCUUUCCUCAGCGCGGGGGACAUUCAUGCUUUCCUCAGCUCUCCCUCCGGGAGGAGAACCAAACGGAAGCGAGAGAACAGCCUCCAGGAGGACAGAGGCAGCUUCGUCACCACGCCCACCGCGGAGCUGUCCAGCCAGGAGGAGACACUACUGGGCAGCUUCCUGGACUGGAGCCUGGACUACUGCUCCGGCUAUGAGGGCGACCAGGAGAGCGAAGGCGAGAAGGAGGGUGAUGUGACAGCUCCCAGCGGCAUCCUUGAUGUCACUGUGGUGUACCUGAACCCAGAACAGCACUGCUGCCAGGAAUCAAGUGACGAGGAGGCCUACCUGGAGGAUGUGGGAUGCCAGGACCUGCACACCUUGGUGCCAAGCACCCAAAUGCCUCUGGCCCCAGUGCCUGAGCCCCCUCUCUGCGGAAGCAGCGAGCUGGGCAAGGACAUUACAACCUCAGGGUACUCCUCCGUCAGUAGCACAAGUCCCACAAAUUCCGUGGACAUCAGCCCUCCCCAAUCUACCUCAGCACUGUCCCCAGGCAGUGACUCGAACACAAAGCCUUGCCACCAUCACGCCAAAAAGUCAUGUGUACAGUGUCGUCCCCCAAGUUCCCCAGAGAGCAGCAUUCCCCAGCGACAGGUGAAAAGGCAAAACCUAUCUGCCCUCAGCGAGGAAGAGGAGGAGUUCACACACCUGGGCUUCCUGAAGUUGUGAGUGUGUCAGAGUGUUUGCCACAGUGAAUGUUUGCUGAGAGGGCCGCUGCUGCUCUCGUGAGGGGUGGGGGCACUGCAGAUGGACAAUUUUAGACCCCCCCUGGUGGCCUCGCAUGGGGAACAGAGAGGAGAACUCAGCACACUAAGUGUCUUUCACCAGAGGAAUCCCAUUUGAGCCAUCAGAAUGUCUAAAUCUGAACAAAAACUCAGCUCCUUCUCUUUGAAAACUAGCCUCAAAGCAAUCAUGCCACGGAAAGCCUAUUUCUCUGUCCCCUCCUGUCUCUGUCCUGCUUUCUCUGGGAAGCUUCAGCCCAUAUCCUGAUAAUCCCAGCACCGCUGAACCCAUCUCAGAAGCUGCCAGCUUUCACAUUUCAUGUGUGACCCAGGUAGCCUGGCACCGCUUACCCCUCCCCACAUCUAUGUGGUUUGGGGCUCUAGGGAGAGCUGAGAACUCUGAUCACCAAGGUUCCCACACCCACCUUGGCCUGCCUGGGGCAUCCACAUGCUUCCUCACAGGGCAGAGGGUCCCAUGGUGAGGGAUCCCUGCCCUGUGCAUUGUCAUGGACUGCGUAUGGCCACCAGGCAUGAGGGCCCUGACUUUUUGCAGGCCAGAGCCUCGGUGUCUUGGUCAUACGCCUAGGCUCCCUCCCUCCCGCACUCCCAGCUCAUUUUAGAAAUCUGUCCCUCCUGGAAUGAUCUGUGUCCCCAGUGGAUGGUAUCUGUAUGAACAUCUCACUUUGCACUGAAUUUCUAGGCUAUUUCUUUUCCUGUAUUCCCAUCCUUCAUUCUUCUAAGUUGAAAAACAAAAGAAAAAAUAGAAGGUAUUAAAUUUAAAAAAAAAUGAGAUUCUUAAUGUUAUUUAGACUCAACUAAAAAAAGAAAAUCUGAUUCAAACCCCUCAAUUCUUUAUGCAGAAAGAAUUUUCCUAGAGAAGUUCACCAGAAAAAAAAAAAAUUAAACAUCAUUUGUAAUAACGGAGGUUAGCCAGAUUCAAAAGAGCAAGAUUCAGAGAACCUGCUGGGUGAGGCUGGGUCUGCUGUGGGUUCCUGAGAAUAAUGAGCCAAGAGACUCGGGAUCCUCCAUGGGGGCAGCAGCCAAAACACCUAAGGGAUCUGCCCAAGACUGACCCUGACCUCUUUUCCCAGUUGGGUUGACCACUGACACACUCCCCCUACUACAAUAGCUGUUGUUUCCUUUCAAAAUGUCAGAAGGGACCACUUGGCCAGGAGUGUCUCCCAAAUGCUCUUAAACCAAAACUAUGAGACAUGGAGAUGCUGAUUCAGUGGUGCUUUGUGUGUGUGUGUGUGUCUGUCUGUCUGUCCCAGUAGGACCUGUCUUUGCUACUGUAAGAGAAUUCUGACCACUCCAGGUGGGGCGUGGUUGGGAUGAGGGGACCCCAGCAUUGGGAUUGCAGACCUCUCCUGUUGACUGUGUGCCCCUGGGUAUCUGUGAGCUUCAGUUUCCUCAUCUGUAAGAUGGGGCAAUAAUACCUACCUCACAGGGGUGUUGUGAGGAUUAAAUGUGAUGAGGAUUGUGGUAGCUGAGUGAUGUGCAUAUCUGAACUGCUUUGUCACUUCCUACUGUCACCCAAGUCAAGUUGGGGCACUUGUCCAUGGCCCCUUAUCAGAAUCCUAACUCUGGAUGGACCCAGUUCUCUGCCUUCUCCCAGUCUACGCCUGAAGGAAAAAACCACUCCAGGGGAACCUGGGGGCCUAAUACCGCCUGACCACAGUGUGGGGUCUCCCCAAGUGGUGUGGGUUCUCCCUGUGUCUUCCAAGUAUUGACUGUAGCCUUUUCCCUUCCCCUCCUACCUCACAGAGACUCUCAUUGGCAGGAAUGGCAUCGGCCUCCCCCCGUUAUGCAUGAAAGCGGGCCACUGCAGAUAGUGGCCACCCUCAGCAGUCCCAGGGCUGCCUGGGUCCCAACCCCCUUCUUUCUUCCAGCCCCUUAACUCUCCUUCAUGUCUGUCUCCUAUGCUGCAGCUCCUCCCUCUUCUCCCACAAGUUUUGUCAUCCUUCGGCUACCCCCGAGAUCUCUAUAUUCUAGUUAUCUACAAUUAUAUUGGGCCUUGCCCACAUACUCCUCCCAGCCAGCAUCUGUCCCCACAAUCCCCCCUAGGGUGUCCCCUUAGUCACUGAAGGCCUCAUCCCCCAUCCCGUGGACACGUUCCUGGUACAGCCUCCCACUGCUUUCACACCAGGCUCUGCUGUCCCUCUAUCUCUGGGCUCCAGCUUUCCUUCUGUCAUCCAUCCCUCACCUGUCUCUGUCCUUAGCUUAAACCAUCUUGCCCAGGCCCAUUGCUCCAUGUGCCACAUAACCCGGGUCCUUGGGGCUUGGAUGUCAUCGCCAAUACGUCCAAAAAUGAACACUCCUUCCCCUCAUCCCUGCUCCCAACACAUACACAUACACACACACGUGUCAUCCGCACCUCUAGCGACUGUUCCUCCAGUAAAUACCUAUUGGACCCCCUCCACAUGCCUCGCCCUGUGCUAGAUGGCCCAGGGUAGGCAAGGCAGGUCGGUCCUGCUUUCCUGCUUUAGAGUGCCUUCAAUAAGGACGAAGACGAAGCCAACCAUUAAGCGAUCACAGAUGCUACCAUCUACCCAGUUAUCCAAACCAGAAACCUGAGCGUCACAAGAGAUCCCGGGCGUAGCUCCGAAAGCGAGUCACAGCCAAGAGCGCAGCAGGGAUUGGGGGGC